AGCAGAACUACAGCAGUCGCGUCAGUUUACGGCAGCUGCGGCCGCUUUACGGCAGAGAUCUGACGCUGCGGACGUAAACAUGUGGAGGUCUCAGUAAAGAUGGAGAACUACAGCAGAGCUCGGGUCGUGGAGCAGCCGUCCGUCUGUCCCUUCUCUGUCUCCUCCGACACACCGGAGCUUCGGGUCAAACAUGGCAGUAAGAUCAGGAACCUGCUGCGCUUCGCUCUGAGCCGCAUGGACGCAGACCCCCGACCAGCCGAGGAGGGGGAGGGGGCACAGCCUGAGGGGGGCAGUCAGCAGGGACAGCAGGAAGCCCCGGGCCGGCCCCCCUGCACACAGAUGGUCUUCACCUCCACGGGGAAGGGCGUUUCCAAAGCCAUCACGUGUGCUGAGAUGGUGAAGCGGCGGGUGAAGGGGCUCCACCAGCUCACCAGGCUGACCUACAGCACCGUGCUGGAGGUGUGGGAGCCCCGGGAGCCCACCGCCGGCCUCGACAGCCUCACCGUCAGCAGGAACCUGCCCACCGUCUGGAUCCUCCUCUCCAGGGAGCCUCUGGACCACAGCCAGCCGGGCUACCAGGCGCCCGGACGCUACGACGCCCUGUGGGCUCAGGCCGCCGUCAGGGAGGAGGGAGGAGGGCGGGCCGGACCCCGGAGGAAGAGAGGAGGAGGAGGAGGGAGCCGGGGGAAGGGACCGGGCCGACAGCCUGGACGCUCCAGAGACUCAACUAAAGGACAGACUUAGAGGACAGGACAGCACCUUCACCACACACAAAUAUUUAAGUUGUUUUUGUUGCUGCUUCCUGUCAGCAGGCUCCAGGGUGUCAUGUUUCAGUGAUCAGGACUGAGUGCAGCUCACUGACAGAAACACAAAGUGUCUCAUCAAAUAAAAUCUGUUUUCUCUGCUCUGAACACCA